CCUCCCCUCUUGAGGCCCCGCCCCUCCCGGCGCAACCAGCGGCUUCCGCUUCCGGCGGCGGGGCCUGAGGCGGGCGAGGGGCGGUGGGCAAAGUGCUGUGGAAACCAGGCAGUGCCAGGAUCUGCCUGCUAGAUACCUGCGGAGGGGAAGAGGCCACUGCCAUGCUGGAGGCCCCUGGACGGUCUGUGUGCAGAACAGAGCACGAUGCCUUUCCUGCACGGCUUCCGCAGGAUCAUCUUCGAGUACCAGCCCCUGGUGGACGAGCUCUUGGGGCUGCUGGCGAUACAGGACGCGGAACAGCAGAGCACCCUUGAGAGCCCUGCCUGUCUGGGCAGCGACAGGAGCCAGCUCUCGGCUGUGAGACGAGUCUUGGAGAGGGAGACCCAGUCCCCAUUUUAUCAAGAAGGAGUGAGCUAUGCCCUGCUGAAGGUCACCGAGCUGGGGCUCGUCCCUGCUGCAGAAAUCCUCCUGGAGUUUGGAGCUGACCUCAGCUUUGAAGAUCCAGUCACCUACUACACCCCCCUGCACAUCGCGGUGCUCCGCAACCAGCCGGACAUGGUGGAGCUCCUGGUGCACCACGGGGCCGACAUCAACCGGAGAGACCGGAUCCAUGAGAGCAGUCCCCUCGAUCUGGCCAGCGAGGAGCCCGAGCGGGUGCCGUGCCUCCAGCGGCUGCUUCAGCUGGGGGCUGAUGUCAACGCAGCUGACAAAAACGGGAAGACAGCGCUGUUGCACGCCCUGGCCAGCAGUGAUGGUGUCCAGAUCCACAACACCGAGAGCAUCCGUCUCCUGUUGGAAGGAGGUGCGGACGUCAGGGCCACCACCAAAGAUGGAGACACUGUCUUCACCUACGUCAUCUUCCUGCUGGGAGAGAUGGUGUGCAGCAACACCGAGGAGGCACAGGUGAUCAACCGUUUCUGCUUUCGUGUCACGCAGCUGCUGCUGGCUCACGGUGCCAACCCCAGCGAGUGCCCGGCCCCCGAGUCCCUCACCCACCUCUGCUUCAAAAGCUUCAAACGCCACUUCCCACUGCUGCGAUUCUUGCUGGAGUCGGGUGCUGCCUACAACUGCUCCCUCCAUGGUCCCUCCUGCUGGUCGGGCUUCCACAUCGUCUUCGAGUGCCUCUGCUCGCACCUCAGUGUCUCUGAAGAUGACAGCUUCUCUACAGACCUCAUCCAGAAGGGUCAGACUCUGCUGGAGCUCAUGAUGGCCAGUUCACAGGCCAUCCAGCUGCCCAGCAACUUUGAGGUCAACACCAGCAGCUGUAGGUACCACGGGGAGAAGAUCAGGACUCUUUUCUGCUCUCUGAAGCAGCUGGAGCGCUCCCCCCAGGCACUGAAACAUCUCUGCAGGGUGUUUAUCCGGCAGCGCCUUAAACCGUGGCCAGUAGAUGUCAAAAUCAAGGCUCUACCUCUUCCAGACAGGCUGAAGUGGUACCUCCUCAUUGACCACGCUGCUGCCGGGCACGAGGACCUCUGAGCCUGGCUAAUGCCUCUCCAUCCCCACCCUCCAUGGUCAUCGUGUGCCUACAGCCACCAAACCUCUGCUCUGGGCCAGUUUUCUUUGCAGAAGGUGAACUGUCCACAUGCCCACGGCUUGGCCAGUGCUGCCCACGGUGUCUGUCUCUGCUGCAUUUUUGGGGGGUGGGGGUGCUUUUUUGAGCAUGAAGCUGAUGCACGUCUGUGGAGGCCUUUUUGCUCUGGGGCACAUGGUGGGGAGCUGGGCAGAGCCCUGUGGCUCCCAGGGGGUGGAGAGAACCCCUGGGCAGAGGUUUGUGUGGAUUUUAAGGAAGGGCCUGAUGGGCAGGACCAGUGGGGCGGUUGGGGUGGUGUGACUGGACCUGUCAGGGCAGCCUGUCCCCUCUCUCUCCAGCCCUGCAGUGAGUCCUGAGAUGCCUGGGGGUGCUGGGAGGUGUUCCCUGCACCAGGAGAGUGCUGGCAUCAAUCUCUUGGUUUGCUGCCUCUGGUCCUGGUGGUGGAAGCAGACAUGGUGGAGGCAGGCCUGGCAUCUCCACAUGGAUGUGGACACUUUCCUCACUCGUGCAGGCUGCUGCACCCAGGAGCGUGAUGUGGGUGAGGGGAAAGGGGGCUGGCAGUGGUGGCCGGCUGCUGGGCACCCUCUGAGCUUCUACUGGGAGCACCCCAUCCUCCCAGCACAGAGGACCUAUCUGCCAAGGACACCUUGGAGGUGCUGGGCUCCAAAACAGACAGACGAAAGGAUGCUUCUUGGCUUCAUGAUGCGUACGAGGAGGAGGAACAGGCGGCUGAGUGCCUUGUGCCUCCCUCCCCAUUCCUUGGACCUUGGUCUCCAGUGCCUCCUUCCCAGGAAGAAGAAAUUGCAGCAGGAUUCGGGGGGUUUCUUUCCAACCUGCUACUGGAGCCUACAAACUGUGGGGCUGCACACGGAGGUUCCUCAUCCCAGCUUUGCCACAGCUGUCUGGUUCCCCUUCUAGGCAUCUGCUGCCCCGUGAUGUGCCAAAGACUGGCCGCAGAGCUGAGCCCUCCCUGCAUUUUUGUUGUUUUGGUUUCUGUUUGUCAUGGGGGACAGAUGCAGAAGAGGGUGAAAAAAGGAAAAAAAAAAAUAAAUCUAUUCUGAGCAGGUACAGUUUAUAGCAGGUGGAUGUGGGAUCCACUGGCAGUUUGGCUGCAGAAGGGUUGUCUCCUCCCCCCACUGCCUUCCUGUGUUUUACCUUCUCCCACCCUGCAGAACUGGAGCUGUGCAUCUUGAUGAAUUGAUGUUUAAAAAAAAAAAA